AUGGUCACGGUUCUGCAUCUCUCCGGGCUCAAGCUAGCCGGCACCAUCAGCCGGAUCUUGGGAACGUUUCCUUCCUUCAGUUUCUUUACAUCGACAAGAACAAGUUUGUUGGACCACUUCCUGACCAAAUCAGUAGUCUCCUAUAACUUCAGUGCCCUCAACACGAGCUUUAUUGGCAUCAAUGUUGUGAUCCCUGUAAAUUUGUCAAUGUGUUCGGGACUAGAAUAUAUUGACUCAAUGGGGAAUGACAUAACAGGUCAGAUUCCUGAGGAUCUCAGCAUCUUGUCCAGAUUGGAAAUCCUCAAUUUGGGACGAAACCGACUUAUCGGCUCGAUCCCCAUCUCCAUGGCAAGCAUUUCCUCCCUCAGGAUUGUAAACCUGGCCAGGAACUCACUUUCCGGUAAUAGUGUUAGAGGUGAUGUUCCUUCAUCUCCAUAUAACAUCUCUUUGACUCAUUUCAUGAUCGAGGCAAACAUUUUGUCCGGUCCUAUUCCAGUGGAAAUUGGGAACACUCCUCCAAAUCUCGAAGUUUCUACAUUUCUUCAAGUUGAUGCAAAUCAUCUAGAGGGCGAAAUUCCUGAAUCAAUCGGAAACCUCUCAGUUGGUUUAGAAACUUUAUACAUGGGAGGGAAUCUGUAUUUCCGGCGGUAUACCAGUCUCUUUGUGCAGUCUCAGCAACUCGAGUUUGCUCAGUCUGAGCAACAAUAUUCUAUUGCAGAACUCAAUGGGAUCGAAGAGCUUGUCCUCUCUUCAAAUCAUUUGGCUAGUGGUCACGACAAAUCGAAGGUCCUCCGAUUUUUGAACCUCUCUUUCAACAAUUCGGAACGAGAGGUCCCCAGAGAUGGGAGUCUUUAA